UUGUAUAGCGCCAUCUAUCUAGAAACAAACAAUUCCGUGCAUAGAGGUGGAUAAAGCAUCAAACUCUGAUUCCGAGGCACACUGUUAUCAACUCCUAGGCUUGUUCACAAAGUGACAAUACAAACAAACAUAGACAUAAUACAUACACGACAAGAACUCUUCAUGAUAUGAAGAGAUUAAUGAAAUAGAAUUACCAAUAGCAUGAUGAACAAAGACAAUUUUCAGAAGUAGAGUCAAUUGGUGUUAAAUAGAAAUAUAAAUUUCGUGACGUUACCAACAUUGCAAGGUACAAUAGAAAUCAUAAUUCACUACAUUUACGUUUUGGCACACACAAAUUACGAAUGAUUAAAGAAUAGUGCAUUGUGGGUAAGAUAACAGGGACGGUUUGAGCAGAUUAGGAAUUUAACUGAUCCCUUUCACAUUUACCAUGGUACAGGAGACGACAACAAUGUGAAUUGUUUAUCUUUGUUCUUAAUUUUUCAGACUUCAGCACACCAACAGUCACUCAACAGCAUACUGAAUCCAAUAUGAUGUUCACUCGAGACGAAAACUUCGAUCUUGCAGAAGAAGUCUUAAAGGAUCUAAAUAAAGAAUUAAGGGGAAACCAAAGACACAUUGGCUUUCUCAACGGUUCUUCAGGUGAUAAGAAAAUUGGUCUUGACGCAUCUUCCAGAGUCACUGUGGUUGUCGAGCCUGACUUCUGCGGUAUUGGCAAAAGAGAUGCCGAUGCUAUAGAUACGAUGGGAUGGACACAUCCAUUGGCCUGUAAUUGGGACACCCAUGAUCCCAAUGACCAAUGUCAGUGUUCUGAGCAAAGCUCACAAGGGACAGGUCUCCGACGAUAUCACCUACUAGACCAACGGCAGAUCUUUCAAGAACAAUAUCAACUGAAUGAAAAUCAAAUACAACAGAAAUGUGAAAGUAGGCCAACGAUCAAAAAGGAAGUCAAGGAACCAUGUUCAUGCGAAUCAGUAAGAACGGCAACGAAUCCGCAAGCGGAAUCAACAAAUUCGACCAAACCCACCAGGAAGGCCGGCCGAAAGCCACCAAUAGGUCCAGACGGAAAAGUCAGGUACAGCAAGCGAAGGGAGACUGAGGACAAACGCAGGCGCGUCAACCACAGAGAGCGCUACCGAAUGCAUCAACUGAGUGAAGCCUUCGACCGUCUUCGCCAGGUGCUUCCUGCUAAUGCUCUCGACGUCCAAUCUCGACGGACCGAUAACGGGCGCCCUCAACGAUACCCUGUUAGACAAAAACUAAGUAAGGUAGACACGCUACUCCUUGCUCAGGACUAUAUCCUUAGUCUCCAGGAAAUGUGUAAAACCUCUCCUGACCUGUUAUCUCACCCACCACCUCCACGUGCAUCCCCUAGCUGUUCUUGGAAUCAUUUCGGCCUAUCAUCGUGAUUGUAACCAACCGUUUAUUCUAAUAGCAUC